AUGCUUUUCUCUCUUCUUACGCUUUUGUGCUGUGCUUUUGUCACCGCGCUCCCCGGAGAACACGGUCCAGAAACGUGGGGUGGACCUAAGGGUGGUGGUGGUGGAAAUGGGAAUAAGUUCAUUAGCGGCGGAAAUGGUGGCGGGGUUGGGAUUGGGAUUGGGGGUGGCGGUGGUGGUGGUGGUACUGGUUGUGACCCAGUCGCCUGUGACAUCAAGAGGCUGCAUUUGUGUACCAACAACCACGACAGAUUGUACUACAACUGCUACAGCCACGACCACCGUUACCAGUUCAACCUGCUCCGUUACAGUCACGUCUACGGGUACAGCAACCACCACGUCCACAAUCACCUCUACGGGUACAGCAACCACCACCACCACGUCCACAACCACAACCACCGCUACUGCUUGCCCUACUGUCGCAUGCUUCUGCUGCACCAACCAGACCCAACUGGGUGA